GAGUGUGACGCUGCAGGCGCUCACGGACGCUGAGAGGGACAUCUGGAUGAGUGGGCUGGAGAGGGCGGGCCGAGAGGGCGGCUACACUCGGGGCACCUCCAGCCCACUCCUGCCCAGCCCUGCCCACUCCUCGCCCACUCCUGCCUCCAUACUGGGGUCGGCGACGGGGCAGACAUUCCUGUCCAGUAUGGGACAGUUCCUGUCGUCCAAGUUACAGUCCGUGAGCCUGGGGGGCGCCCCCGCCCACCUGGGGGGCAGCGGGCUCCCCACCUACAGCCUCCCCAAGCCCACCAAGCCCAAGCCCCUGCAGGAGAGGGACACCCGCAGGGAGAUCGGGGGCGGGGGGGCCAUCAGCGCGAACGCCCCCAUCGUGUUCGACUUAGGACCCCUGCAGGGGCUGGGGUCCGCCCCCCAGACCCCCAGCAAGACCGAGGGGCAGGCCUUCGACGCGGCCUUCCUGGGCUCCAUGCCCGUCAACGUGGCGACCGGCCCCGUGACAGUCAUCAGCGAGGUGAUCAGACGGGUGAUGAGUGCCCGUGCGCACCACAACCUCUUCUCGUCUACACCCGUCGUUUUGACGGUAGCCACGCCGUACCUGACGGUGACGGGCAGACAGGACCUCGCCGAGCACCCAGACAGUAACUGCUACAGACAGAGAUACAAACUGACGGCGUUGACGGGCUGGUGCACCCACAGGGAGAACCCGAGGCUGUUCGGGUACGUGGUGCGUGGUGUGUCCAGCCUGCAGUGCUGGGUGUAUCAUGUAACACCUCCACGCAGGCUGUUCGGGUACGUGGUGCGUGGAGUGUCCAGCCUGCAGUGCUGGGUGUAUCAGUGUGAUGACGACGCGUCGCGGGUGUGCCGCGCCAUCACCAUAGCGGACGACCCGCACGCCCGGGACAAGGAGCGCUCCCUCAUCCUCGCCAACAUCGCACAGCUCGAGGACGACCCCCAUCGCGGGGAUGACGGAGUGAUACACCCUACUGGGGACGCUGCUGGGGGGCUGGACGCUGAGGUGCUGGAGGAGCUGGACGCGCUCACAGACGACCAGCUGGCGGAGAUGGAGGCCGAGAUACAGGAGGGCGGCUACGUGCUGGAGUGAGGCGCCCCUACAUCAGGGCGGCUACGUGCUGGAGUGAGGCGCCCCUACAUCAGGGCGGCUACGUGCUGGAGUGAGGCGCCCCUACAUCAGGGCGGCUACGUGCUGGAGUGAGGCGCCCCUACGUCAGGGCGGCUACGUGCUGGAGUGAGGCGCCCCUACGUCAGGGCGGCUACGUGCUGGAGUGAGGCGCCCCUACGUCAAGGACGGCGCCCCUACGUCAGGGGCGGCGCCCCUACGUCAAGGGACAACCCCUCACUAACGCAAGAAAGUGCAUCGAUAUUUUGACGACGUCUCCCUCAUUUUUUUCAAUGACGAUUGACUUUCAUUGUACCGCUUUUCCCUAUAUGUACGACGACUUGAAUGAGUUUCUAGAUAUUGUGCGUUAUCUAGAAGCUAUUCCUCGCUGAAUAUAGGGUUACUUGCAGCUAGAAACCCCUUCUAAGUUCCGGAAUAUCUAGUAAUAUUAACAGCAAUGUCUAAUAAUGUCUAGUAACGUUAACAAUCCUGGUUAUGGUGUAGCAGUCGAAGCUUGGAGGUCAGUUUGCCGGCUUAAUUCUCUCCUAUUUAUUUAAUUUUUUUAUUUUUGUUUUGACUUCCGCAUGAUUGCAGUUUUUGGAAAAUUGAACGUUAAUAAUUUUCUUUACACUGAUGUUGUUAGUAAAGCCCAAUCUACACUCAUAAAAAAAACGUUGCAUUGUCCUAAUUGCGACGUACGAAUAAUACGUAAAGAAUAGUUCGAAUAAUAAUUUAAAUAAUAAUAAAUAAAUAAUAAUUUAUCACUCAUUUCUUUGGGAGAUGACAAUUCGUACCUAACGUGUAGGUUUCCCAGUUUAUUAUUACUAUUUUAUUGAUAUUAUUUUUUAUAUAU